AUGUUAAGUCAGAUCAUUUUAUUCGUUGGAUAUUUUGGGCUUAUAUUUGGUGGCUCAUGUCCUGCUGGCUCUGUGAAUUAUGUUGAGGCUGGCGAGUGUAUCGUCACCAUUCCAGCUCCGGCGCCUUUAUCAACGGCCAGUCGAACAUGUGCUGCGUUGAGCGGGCGACUCAUUCAACCACAAACACAACAGGAAAAUGUGUUGGCUGCAGUUUCGGCAAUAAAAGCAUUGCCCACAAAAGUCCCGGUGACGAUUGGAGUGAUUCAGAGGGAUCGCGGGGUCGACCGAAUUUACGCUGAUGGCACUCCGCUACAGUACCUCAAUUUCUUUUCAGAAAGCGAGUACUCAGCCUCACCGUGCACCGUGCUCAAUCCAACCAAUCUUCAAUGGUAUUCCACUCCAUGCAAUGACACUCAUCCAUUUGUUUGCCAAUUCUCGGAUCUCUCCACUAUGCUGUGUCCGACCGGAUGGAGCUGGAAUGAUUUCACACAAAAUUGCUACUAUGUGCAGAACAUUGUCGCCUCAAAUCAUGCUCUCUACGUGAAUCAGAGUGAUGCGGAGGCAAUCUGCGCCCAAAUGGGUGCUCAUCUUGCAUCGAUUCACACACAACGAGAAAAUAUCUGGAUUAGAAAUUUCAUCGCAACAUAUGGUGGAGUGGACUGUGGACAGGGUGGACAAGCACUCAUUGGUGCAUCGUGUAAAGACGGGAAAAAGACGUGGAGCGAUGGGACAACUUUCGACUACGAUCUCACAAAUGGAGAUUGCACUGAUGCGUAUACGAUGAUCAACGAUUACAAUUGUGGCCUAGCUAUUCGAGAAAUUUGGCCCAGUUGGUAUGCCCAGAAUCAAUUCUCUCGUUUCAUCUGUCAAAAAGCGGCUCUUCACCUAGCCGAUGUUGCGAUGAACCUUGUGAAAACUUUUCAAAAUAUC